UAUCUGGAAGCAUCUACCCAUGCAAUUCGCCAUCUGUCUGUUCCUUUCCCCAACCGAAGCACCUUUCAAAAACCUAAUCUAUUUAUGGUUUCCACCUCCUUAUUUUCUCUUUUCCUUCUUUCCCUUCCAUUUUCCUCUCAGCCAAACACUGACAGAAAGGAAAAAUGUCCAAAGUCCCUCAGGAUAUCAUCAACGACAUCCUCCUUCAGCUCCCUAUCAAGGCUCUUCUCCGCUUCCGAUGCUUAUCAAAACCUCUCUGCUCAUUAAUUAAUGGUCCAAAUUUCAUUCAACUCCAUCUCUCCCAUUCACUUCAUACCAGAUCCAAUCUCUCUCUCAUCCUUCGAGAUUGGAAUCUUUAUACCGUCGAUUUUGAUUCUCUUGAUGCUGCUGCUUCCGCCAUUGGCUCCGCGGAAUCCCUCGAACACCCUUUACAUGUGGGUGGCGGGACUGAAGCCAUCGGUUCGUGUAAUGGGUUGGUUGCGUUGCGAAAUUCUGAGCGAGAUCUAGCCUUGUAUAACAUAGCAACAAGAAAGCUGAAAAGAGUGCCAGCUUCAGAGAUUGAGCCGCCCGAUAGGUAUUUGAAAACUGGGUAUGUGUUUUAUGGCUUUGGUUAUGAUUCGAUUAAUGAAGACUAUAAACUAGUUAGAAUGGUUACUUUUGUUGGGGAUGAUGAUAGGUGUGAGUCUUUCGAUUACGAUUAUGAGGUGAAGAUUUAUAGUCUGAAAAGUGAGUCGUGGAAGAGAAUAAAGGGCUUGCCUAAAUAUCUUAGGUUCUUGCAUAAACCAUUUUUCCAGGUUUUGCAUAGGAGAGGAUAUGGAGUUUUUGCUUCUAAUGCUUUGCAUUGGAUUUUGCCUCACUGGCCGGAAUUGGGUGUGAAAAGUUCUAUUAUUGCUUUUGAUAUUGUGUCUGAGAUGUUCCGUGAAGUGCCCCAGCCUGAAUAUGCCAAUAACAGGUUAAACUUUCAGGUUGAUGUUGGGGUCUUGGAGGGGAGGUUGUGUGUGAUGUGUAAUUAUGAACAUAUUUGUGUUGAUUUGUGGGUUAUGCGGGAGUAUGGAAUUAAGGAAUCCUGGAUUAAGCUGUUUUCAUUUCGAACAACUAAAUCCAUUAGUGCUUUUAUGUUUUUGAGGCCUUUGGCUUAUUCAAAAGAUGGGGAUAAGAUGCUAUUAGAAGUGAAUGAUCAAAAGCUUGUAUGGUAUGAUUGGAAUAGGAGAACUGUUAGGACUUUGAAGAUUAGGGGCGGUCCGAAGUCUUUUGGUGCAGAAAUGUACGUGGGAAGCCUUGUUCCACUCGAUGAUGGUACUGAGGAGGUGGAGAAGAAGCAAGCACUGGAGAUGGAGAAGAGGAAGACAAAUACCAAGAAAAUGGAUGAUUUCUUAUCAGUGGGGUUCAAACUGAAGUUAUAAUCAAUUUAGCAAGGUUCAACACAGGAUAAAAACCAAGUGGAAUGAGGUAUACUGGUUUAUCCUGGAGAUGGGACAUGAUAAUAUGAAGUCGAUAAAAAUGACCGAAGAAUACUUUUCAUAAUGUCAUGUCUAUCAAUCUUCUGUUUGAAGAAUUUUGCCAGUACAUCAUGACCAACUCCAGCAACCGAAGUGCACCCCAUCCCCAAAGUCCAUGGUACGUUUCACACAAACUACUCCCAACAAUUUUCUGAUUUAAAUCUAGUAUUACACACGCAUGUUGAAGAGGGUGAAGGUAAUCCAAGUUGAGUAUCAACUUGAAUAGUUUUAGACAUUUGUGCUUCAAUUAAAAUCUGGAGCAGUUUGAACUCUUGUUAUUAUACUCAAGGGAUAACUAAAGGAAAAGAAGUCUUCUAUGAUAUUAAGGUGUUACUGUUAAAGUCUAGUCUUGGUGUUUAAAUAUAAUUGAUUAUGAAUAAUUAAGAACUUCAACGUGAAUUUUAAGGAAAUUUAUCUCAAAUUUUUUUACUAAUUUCCUUCUGAUAAUAAAGUGUGUUAUUUUUUAAUCAA